AUUCUGAGUUCUUUGGGAAUUUUCUUACUUGCUCUUCGAAAAAUGGGAGACCGUCAGCCACCCAUCCCGGCGCCCAAGCCUGCCAAUCUCAAGCACCACCUCUCCAAGCGAGCGCAGCAGUUGCAACAGCUCGUCGCAGAGAAAAUGCUCGAUCGAACCAAGACCAGCCUGGACGUGGACGCCAGCACCCAGAAACUGGAUGCUGCGCGCGGUGCACUGGACGAAAUGGUCCGAGCUGCGGCCAGAGAGACCGACUUGACCAAGCCGUUGCAGACAUACGCGCAGUCGUUGCCGCUAGAGUCGACGCUCGCUCAGAUGCUGCUGCUCGUCGCAGAGUCCCAGGCCGAGCUCGAGCGCGCUCACGAGGAUUUUCGCGUCACCAACAACUCGAGCUUUAUUGACCGACAGCGCACCCAAAUUCGCCUUGCCCAGGAGCUGGUAGAGGCGCAUGCGCAGCUCGAUCGCGACCGGUUGUACUAUGACGCGAAAAAGAACGCGUUGCAGACAACGCCGCCGGGCAAGCAGCAGGACCGACGCAGUGCCAAGGUCACGGCGCUCCGCGCCCAGCUCGACGAGCGUGUGCAGCGCUACAACAACCAAGCAGUGACCUACUUGCAGGGCCUCGAAGUGGACCAGAUGCAGGGGCUGCUCGCGCUCCUCACCAACCAGCACUCAUACCACCAGCGAGCGACGCUUGCGACCGAGGCUGCCAUCCGAAAACUGGUGCUCGGCUCGCGCAUGUCGUCGACGUUGAAUUCCGACACUCCCACCAUCCAGUCGAUUCUGGGCGACCAAAGGCGCGUGCCCGUCUCGCCGCUGUGCAAAGGGGUUGCUGUCAUUUCGCACGCCCGCCUCAAUCCUCAAGAUCUCGCGUUUGAGAGGGGCCAGACCGUGUUUAUUCUGCGGGCAGAUCUGCCCAACUCUACUGCUGAAGGCAUGACGGUGGACGGGCGCAUUGGUGUCUUCCCUUUCGACUGCGUCAAUGUUCACGGCAAGGCGGUUUCGCCGUCGAGCGCACAGCUGCCGCCGCUGCCUGCAUACCGGCCCAUGCAAGAUCUGAGCGAAACCUUCCAUCAUUCGCACGGAAAGCACCAAUCGGGUGCUACUCUGGCAGUGCCGGUGGGAUACAGCGCAUCCACUUCAUCCAAUUCGUCAACCGGCAGUGGCGUAGAGCCUUCAGCACCGCCAGCUGAAGUGUAUGCGGCACAAACGCCUUACAGCAACCAGGGCACAGUGGAGCCGUCCUAUUCCACCCCGUCUUCCCAGCCGCAGUCGACCACGCAGCAGCGGCGACCGUCUGCCAGCUUGCUCGUGCCUCCGACUUGCCCAGCACCAGCUCCCCCGCCGGGGUCCGCUGCUGCUGCUUCUUCUUCUUCGUCUUCUUCUGUUCCUGCCCCAACUCCUGCUGCCUCGACGACGGGCAUUUCUCCAGAAGCCAAGCCACACCGUCCGCCCCGGCAGCCUGGACAAGGCAUGGCACCGGUUGCUGCACAAGCUGCACCGCCGCGUCCGACUGCGCCAAAGCCGGUGACUCAAACGUCCGCCACCAGCGUUGCACCCGCGUCAUCGUCGUCUGUGCCGGCACCAAACCCAUUCCUGACACAAGAAGCGGCAGAGCGUCAAAGGCAACACAUCGACAUGCGGAUUCUCGGUACAAAGCAGGGUGUCGAGUCAUCCAAAAUCAACCCCUUCCUGACCGAUGCAGAGCUCAUGCAGCUCGAAGGCAACGCACGGCAGCAACCCGUGCCGCGCACCCAGCAAGCGGCCACCAGUGCAUCGCCAGUUGCUGCCGCUCGGCCUCCUGCAGGAGCGCAGCGCCGAGCACCGCCCCCGCCACCUCUGUCCACUCUGCUAGAAACGCCUGCUGCUUCCCGUACCGACGCACCUGUGGCAAGCCAUAAACCUGUGCCAGCCCGCCCUUCGCAAGCGGCCAUUGCGGCUGCGUUUGACGCGUACGGACCCACGCCUGCCAGCAAGAUGCCCUCAACGAGUUACUUGGACAUUGGUGCAGCCGACCAGCAGGCAAACAAGGCGGCAGCCGACCCGCUUACCUCCAUGAUUGAUUCCGUCCUUGCUAGUCUCCGACAGAGCAUCUCCGAGCUGGAUCGAGCCGCUGCUGCACCACCCAAUUUGCUUGCGGCUGUGUUUAGCGAGCGCCUGAAAGACGAGCGUGGGAAUCUCGUGUGCAAGGUGAUUGACCAGGCCGACCGCGUUGUGACGCUCUGCGAGGGCCUUGUGAGCCAUGUAGCAGCCGCGGUCAAAACGGCACCUGGGGCUCUCGACAGCUCCAACGAUGCGCUCAUUUCGAGCGUCUACAUGACCAAAAACUACACCACAAACAUGCUUGUCGACCUUCGGGAGCUAUUGGCGACCGUGGGUGGCACGACCGAGCGCCAGCAAAUUGUGCAGUGCAUUCGCGCACUCGUUGAGAAUGUCAUGGGAGUGGUACAGUCUGUUCGUCAGGUGCAUGUCCGCAGUUCCGAGGCCGCGACCGCUUUGCAACGCGAAAUUGCCCAGAAGCACAGCACACGCCUUCGCGACGCUGUUGCCGGACUCAUGGACGCCCUGUGCAAUGCUCCUCCUCCGUCCCCGACCAUUUCUCAAAAGCGGCGAGUCUCUCGCGAAGAGUGAUAGCCUUUUGUUGGAUUGUCUUGGGCUGUAACAACGAUUUUUGUAAAGUCCUGCAUGAAUACUUUUUAGUUCCAGAGUUCCCAUCCCCA